AUUGUAUGUGUGUUGAAUAUCGUGGACUUAUACCGGUAAUUCAGAUCCGGCGGUAUAAAACAGUCCGGCGGCGGCGGUAUAAGUUUUCUGUAAAAGUAAAGUACCUCUGUAAAUGCUUUUUACUGGUAAUACACAGCCUCGGUGGACCGCGGGAAUAAGGGCAUAAUUGUACACAACAUUUCGACUUAAUUAGCUGACAAAGAAGAUGGUGCUGUUCCCAUGUCAGAAGAAGCCUUCCUGCGUUGGAUCCGCUGACGCAGCUACUCCGUCUUACGUAUCUGGCAUGCUUCCCUUCGUAUCUUCUUCGCGAGUUUGGUGACCAAGCGGGACAUGUCGAGUUGUCGACUAUGGAGUAAACGACUUCUUGGAAUUCUACGGGCUCGUUAUCAGACUCUACAACUAUUACGCAUGGUACAAUGUGCGAGAAUGUGGAUAUGUGUGAGGGUCAAUACUGUGGCAAGAGGAUGGAUAAGUUAGCGAUAUACAGUACGUCGAUUUGAUUGGGCCAAUACCAGAGAUUGUGCGUUAGUUUUCCGGUUUCCCUAUCUUCCUAUCCCCAUCCACUUAAGCGCUGUAUUGACCUGUGAAGCAAUAAAUCCCUGAUUAUUUGAUGACAUCAGGUUUCCCGUCCACUGACACUCUUCAUGAUCCGAUUUUGUAGAUUUUACGCUCUGGAUCGUUGACUUAGUGCCCAAAGCGUGCUGGUGCAUUUCAUUUGAAUUCAUAAUAUUCUCAGUCAGGAGAACUGCAUGUCAUCGGGAUGAACAAUUAACAUUAUUUUGUCGCCUAUUACUUUCUGGAUACCAUCAAGACCGUCGAAAUGUUUAAGUGUUUGCCAAUCAUUGGAUGUUCCACAAAUCGGCAGGUGGAAAAACUGGAUAAACGCCAUUGCAGCUUGGGCGAAAUCCCCGACGAAGUGCUGCGGCAUGGAAAAACUCUUGAAGAGUGUUUCCUCGACGCUAAUCAUUUGCAGACUCUGCCAAAGGCCUUCUUCCGAUUGAGUCGAUUACGUAAAUUGGGACUGAGCGAUAACGAAAUCGAACAUCUUCCUUCGGACAUUUCCAAUUUUCUCAGCCUUCAGGAACUGGACCUGAGCAAAAAUGAUAUACAAGAGAUUCCCGACGAAAUUCGUCACUGCCGUGCGUUGCAGUUCUUGGAUUGCAGUAGUAAUCCUUUGCAGAGUAUUCCUGAUGGAUUAUCGCAGUUAUCCAACCUGACAACGUUGCUCUUGAACGAUGUUUCCCUAACGAGUUUGCCGUCAGAUUUUGGAAAUUUGUCCAGUCUGCAAACCCUCGAAUUGCGUGAUAAUGUCAUUAAAAUUCUUCCGUCCUCUUUUGGUCGUCUGCAUAAUCUGCAGUCCUUGGAUCUUGGAAACAACGAAAUGGAAGACUUUCCGAACGUGAUAUGUGAAUUGCCGAAUCUGAAGGAACUGCUAAUGGACUGUAAUGGCAUAUCCCGAGUACCAACGCAACUCGGUCGGUUACGCGCCCUGGUAUGUAUUGAUUUUUCUGAAAACAACAUCGAAGUGCUUCCUGAUGAGAUCGGAAGUUUGGUCAGUUUGACGGAUUUGCUGGUCUCGCAAAACUGCCUGGAACAUCUUCCCGAGAACAUCGGUUAUAUGAGUAAUUUGUCAAUAUUAAAAGCCGAUCGGAAUCGACUGUUGGACGUACCAGAAACAAUUGGCGGAUGCGAAAAGCUAACGGAGUUGAUCUUAGUGGAUAAUUUGCUGGCUGAGCUACCCGACACCAUUGGCAAUCUAUCGAAUUUAAUCAUCUUGAAUGUCGAUAAGAACAGCUUAACGGAACUUCCGCAGACGGCCUGCAACUGUACAAAAUUAUCCAUUUUGUCGUUACGGAAAAACCGUAUCCAGCAUUUGCCCAAUGAAAUCGGUCAGCUGGAACGGUUGACGGUCCUUGAUGUUUCCGGCAACCUGAUCCCCCAUCUCCCCAUUUCCGUUAGUCAGCUGGAGCACCUGAAAGCCAUUUGGAUUUCCGAAAAUCAAUCCCAAGCGAUGCCGAAAUUCCAAACAGAUUUUGAUGAGGACACAAAGGCAGAAGUUCUGACGUGCUUUUUACUACCGCAACAAGACACGGAUGCUAGUUUUCAGCCAACGCUAGAGCAUUUGCGUAGUGAAAAUUCAGAAAGAUUAGCUAGCCUGCAGGAUGUGUCGUUCAAUACCCGUCCGACAAGUCGUGUGGUAUUUGCUGGAGUGGAAACUGAAUCGGAAGGCGAAGAAGUCGACAGUAAUCCGGGUCAGUUUACAAGACACGAUACACCGCAUCCAAAAGAAUUUAAAUCUCGGCAUGCCCAGCUAUUCAAGAACAAAAAACCCCAUGGUGAUGGCACGAGACCGCUGGAUGAUAUUGCCAUACAUCAGGAGAAGGAGCACUCCUCUAAACCAGGCACACCUGAACCACCGGCACUUAAUACUUAUUCCGAUUUGGCCCAGCUGCGUGUCGUUGAUGAAAGCGAUCGUUCUUAUCGCAGUAGUUCUCCCAGUAACAUGCGCCGUGUCUCGGAAUUGGUUAUUCAUAAUUUAAUGGAGGAACCUGUGAGACAGUACAGUGGAUUUUCUCAUGCAUCGCCACAACAAGAGGAUGUCAAGCUGAAACCCUUGCAGCCCCGGUCGCCCACAAUUGAGUGGCCUGUGAAGAAGCCUGAUCUGCCACCUCCUUUGCCACCUAGAACCGUGAAUCUGGACCAGACUCGCGGUGGCCAGGAAGCAAGAUUAGCACAUAAUGCGCCGGUUAUCGAUUACAAACUACCUCGAAUAUCCAAGAGGCGCAACUCGAGUAGUUCGUCGGCUAGUAUUGACAGCACCUCAUCGGAUGAAUACGCCGUGGGAUCGGAUGGAGAAGAGCAGACGCGGAAGCGAGUGGAAUUCGCUGAAGAUAGCGAAGAAAAACUUGAAUGCCGCCUUAGAAGACGAGAUACACCGCAUUACAAUAAAGGACGUCGAGUUGUAAAUGAGGGUGAAACGGCGGAGGAGGCAAAGAAGCGGGUUUCAGAUAUAUUAGCUAAGAGACGUGAUCCGGGAACUGAUGGCUCUGAUGUUGAAGGUGGUCACUCUCGUCCUGGUAGUGCGUCUGCCUUGAAUACCAUUGAACGUUUUUCUUACACCAAUGCCCCUACAAUAACUCCCGAUCGAUCACCUUCUAUGGGAGAUGGACCGGUGAUUGUGCGCCAGACAAAUUUCAUUGUGCAGGACUCCGAUCGAUCUGAGGUGAACUCCGACACUGGCAGUGGACCUGUGGAAAAGAUCGUCGAAAAAGUCAAGACAGUCGAAAGAACAGUGGAAAAGAUGGUCCCUAAGCCGGUCAAGGAUAAGGGCAGUAGCGAACAGCUGAGCGAAAUGGUGACAGAAGCGUACAGAACUAACAAUCGACCAAUUGGGUUGCUCCCCGCUUUCAUGGGCGAGCGCUCAAUUUCUAUGGUGGCAGAUCCUAUGCUGCUAUCUUCGCAGGGUCUGGUCCCAGCUAGCUCCGAAGUAGUACGAGCAACAUUGACGAUUCAUCGGCAUAAUGGAUUAGGCUUAUCCAUAGCUGGAGGAAGAGGUUCGCCACCAUAUCGUGGUGAUGAUGAGGCAAUUUUCGUGUCUAAAGUGACACCCAAUGGGCCAGCCUACUUGGCUGGGGUUCGAGUAGGCGACAAAGUGUUGGCCGUGAACGGUGUGAGUGUUAUUGACACGGAUCAUUAUGAAGCUGUGAAUUUAUUGAAAAAUGCCGGAACCACACUCAGCCUGUAUGUCGAACGCGAUAAUCGCGAGUUGCUCCGCCAAGGCGGAGAUCAGCGGUUCACUGCGGAGCCGCGUCGGGAGUUAUCUGUACCGGAAAUAUCGACCAUGAUGAAAAAACAGAUGUUUGAUGUGACUUUGCCAAAAGGAUCAACGGGACUGGGUUUUAGUAUCGCAGGAGGACGCGGCACUGCUCCUUAUAAAGAAAAUGACAAGUCGAUCUUUAUUUCCCGUAUCGCUCCCGGUGGGAUUGCCGAAAGAUCCGGAAAUCUCGAAGUGGGAGAUCGAAUUGUUGCGAUCGACGGACAGAAUAUUGAGAACGCUCGUCACAGCGAGGCCGUCAAACUCCUGACCGGCCCCGAAAGGGAAGUGACGUUGACCAUCGAACGUGAGAUCCCAACCAGUGCUAUUGCACCAUCAGUAGAUCCCCGUACGGGAAAACGCUUUUCCUAUUUCGUGGAGCCAAGCGACACGAAAAUCAGUGCCACAUUACGACCUUCCCAGUCAGCUGAUUUUCUGUCCCAAGUGGGACGACCUACCACUACCCUGCCGUCCACUUGGCGUCUACGGAAUGGAACUGGAGAGAAGGGAGGAAAUGUGACUGAAAAAGUGGUGGAGAGCGAAAAGAUUGACCGCGGUUCAAAUCACGAAUUAUAUUCUGUUACCACCAGCACUUCUGAAUCUCUGACCCCCAAACAUCGGGCAAGAAGUGUCGAUGCCUCGGCCAUGGCUAAUCUGAAGCCAAAGUCGCUGAUUUCAACGGGAAUGUUAACAGAAAGGGAGAUUUCGCCGACGAAAGUCAGUAAAAAACUGCAGGUUAAUACAAUGGAACCGAAGCGACCUGUUCCGACUCCUCCACAGCCCCGUUUAGUUACGCGAUCGUCGCAGUCAGAUCUGGUGGAAUUAGUUAUGAAAGAGCAGGAACCAGCCAGUUUCCCUGAAUCGAUUUCCUUCACGACGAAAACCGUCACCCACACCCUGGAUUCUGCAGGCAUGAACGGUCGACCCGAGCGCAGUCCUCAAGUGGAAAGGAUUUAUCAAACAACGACGUAUUCAGCCGGCAGCGAUGUGCAAAACAAAGGCCAGCGGCCUGUUUACGAGCCGGAAGUGAUUGACAGUAAGAGUCCUCCGACAUUACGUUCCUCCCUUAGCAAACCCAAAACGACCGAGGAAAGGACAUACUCAGAGGAAAUGGUCACCAUCUAUAAGACGUAUGGCCCUCUUGGUUUAUCGAUUGUUGGUGGGAAAGACCAUUCGUGUCGACCGUUUGGGGAUAAUCCCGACGAUACCGGAAUUUUUAUAUCAAAAAUCGUUCCGAAUGGCGCGGCCGCCAGCACUGGACGUUUAUUCGUCGGCGAUCGCAUCGUUAGCGUGAACGGUCAAGAUAUGGCGCGCGUGGCUCAUGCGGAGGCAGUGCGCGCUUUAACGUAUCCUUCAGAGCGCAUUGAUCUCCUUAUUCGACAUGAUCCACCACCGGAAGGCCUUCAGGAACUCAUUAUUCGCAAAAAUCCUGGUGAAACUUUAGGGAUGAAUAUCCGUGGUGGCGAUAAAGCUGAAGUUCCAGGCAAUCCAUUGGAUCCCACCGAUGACGGAAUUUUCAUAUCGAGAAUUCUUCCGGACGGAGCGGUUGCUCGUGAUGGUCGUUUAAAGGCAGGAAUGAGAAUCCUCGAAGUCAACGGAGAAAGCCUGUUGGGCUGUUCGCAUGAAGAUGCGGUCAAGGUCUUAAGGCACACUACGGAGCGGGCCAGUGAUAAACUGUAUAUCAUGGUGUGCCGCGGUUACGAUCCGGCUCAGAGCGAAGCUCUACUGGCCACGAAAUUGGCUAUUCAGCAUUUGUCGGAAGUGUCCCCGGCUAAUGCUGAAAUUCUCAAGAAAAAGGCUCAAACGGUGACGGUUAACGUUAAUUCUAAGCGCAGCGCGCCCACGGUCGUUACGUCGGCCACGGAAAAAACAACAGAACAGCUUCAUGAAGAAAUGGUACGACGGCAUCUGGCUAAGGCGCUCGAAGCCACACAAUCUACCGCGGAAAGCCAGAUCUUGCGCCUGCAGAGUGACCAAAAGGCACGCGACGAAGAACGAGCCGCUCAAGCUCGGCGUCGGCAAGAUGAACUGCGAAGUUGGUCGAAAACCUCUGAAUUACCCCGGCAGGAUUCCAUGCAAGAAUAUAUACUGCGCGAAGAGAAGCGUUUAGCCGAUGAACAGCGUCGCCGCGAAGAGGAAUGGCAAAAACGGGAAAAGACGGCCUGGGAAGCGGAAAUGACGCGUCGACGCCAGGAACGACAGCGGGAAGAGGAGCGAAUAGCUCAACGACGAGCGGAAGAAGAGCGAAAGAUCAAGGCCGAAAUACAAGAAAAACUAGAGGCCGACCGCCGGAAACGGGAAGAAAUCUUGAGCCGCAAACGUACACCGUCCGCCCACUCAACGGAAAAUCGCACCAGUGUGCCACCCAGUCCCCCACCGCCGCUUGGCGGAGUGUGGACUGCGUCGACUACUCAGAGGAGCGUCUCGUACAGCAAUGUCCUACAGUCGCGAGAGCCCGUCUCGCCGGACUUGCGUCCUCCGUCUCCGUUGCUGAACGGUAGUCGUCCACAGCCUUAUUCGUCCAGUAUUCUCAACAAAGCAGUCAGCUUAAGCACGGUAACUACCGACAAGCCCCCCGUUAAACCCCGGCUCAGUGUGACGCGUCCGGGUGCACGUGGUCCUCUUGCUGCCGCCAGUGGCAGUGAUGCCAGUCCCGUAACCAAAUCCCCCAGUGCCUUCACGUUCAAGGAGAAGCAGCUGUACUUUGCUAAAGAUGGUGAUAGUCAGCCGGAGGAGCGCUUAUCCCGACGCGAUCCCUCGCCGGCUCAACGAGAAUCUGUGCCUUAUACGCAGUCGCGGGACGAUCCCCGUAUUCCUAACGGAUGGACCACGGUGAGGGACGAUGUGGAGUCGCGGCCUCUGGAAUCAUAUUAUCAGCAACGAACUUUCACGCUGCACGAAUAUGAACCGGACAAUUUGGAAGAACGGUAUCGGUCGGCAACAUCGGAAACGACUCCUCCGAGUUCCAGCGGAUCCCGUCCGGUCCGAACAGCCACGGCUGAACGACGUUCCCUUGAGCGGCAGAUGCGGGAAUCCACGGGCGAGUCGGAUAGUCCCAAAUCGGGCGGCUCAGCAAAAAACUGGGCUCAGGAAGCCGAGAAGCGGGCUGCAUGGAGAGCAGAUCGUCUGAAAUCCAUGGAGGCCCAUACGAUAACGGCUGCACAAAUGGUGAACAAGAUACGAGAACUGGAGCGACGUGCUGAGCACCGCGAUUCCGGUUUCUCAGCUCCGUCAUCAGAACAAACACCGACCUCCGAGCAUAGCGGAUUUUCUAAAGUGUCGGUUAGUGAAGAAGUCGGAGAACCGCGCACCAAAGAGCGCUCGCGUGUGGUUGAUGAGAAAGUUCACCGCAAACUGGAGGAACAUGUUGAUCCCAACUCGGGAAAGAAGUUCCUCACAACAACCGAAACUGUCGAGCAGACAGUGGAGCAUGAAACUGAAACCAGCAGAAAGAAGUUAAUCCGAUUGUCGGUGGACGAUAACUUAUCAUCAAAGAAACCUGGAGGAAGUGAUUUCUAGUUUAACAUACCCUAAAACUGGCGGCGAAAGAAUGUUGGUGUGGAAUGAAUUAUUAUUGAGUCGUUGGGACAAGCAUUCCGGAUUGUGAUUGAGAAAGUUUCCAUCCAUAAAGAACUGUUGUUCUACGAAGAGGAUUUAGCUCGUCGGAGUGAAUUACGCGGGCGCAUGUGCACGUUUUAUUGUUUUUAUUUUGUGUAUAUUAAAUCGGCAACAGUGGCGGGGUGGUUCAUUAAGAUUGUUGAAUCUGGAUUUCUGGAUAUAAGUGCAGUUGAAUACGAUUUGACUUCCGUAUUUGUUGAGCUAAUAUAUAGGUUGUGUUCGUUUUACGCUUUGUUAGUUAUCCUUCUAGUGCAGCUAUUGAUGUGUUUAAUUGGUCUUUUUUAUUACUGCUCAGAAUGUUCUCUAUUAUUGCAGCUUUUGACCAUUUUUCUGGGAAUUUGAUUUUGGAUGUUUUAAAGGUUUUAGCGAUUUGUUUCAUGUUGGUUGUUCAUAUUUGUUACCCGUGUUAAGGAAUUACUACGCUUACUUCCGAAUAAACCACGAUGCUUA